GUCGAUGCUCAUCCCGCCGCCCCCCUCUUUUUUUUCGCUCCAUUUCCGGUCGCCACGCGAGGUUCGAAGCCAGCCGCCUUUUGGGGAUUCUCCGUCCCUCCAGGCUUCCCGUGCGCCAGGACCGACAUCGACAGCCGACCCACUGGCGACCAGCUGUCUGCCCUUGAUCUCCUCGGCUCGGAUCCAGAAUCCCCAUCUCCAUCUGCGCGCCCCCUCCCCAAGGCCCCUCGCAGCACUCGCCCACAAUGUCGCGAAGAUCAUUGGGAUCGUCAGAAGUCAAAGAGACCCUUGAUGCCCAAACCUCGGAGCUCGCCAAUGGACAGCGACAACUCAAUCAAUACACUAUCCAGAAGGUGUUGGGUCGGGGCAGCUUUGGCACUGUGCAUCUAGGCUUCAACAACGACAGCAAAUACUACGUCGCCAUCAAGGAAUUCAGUAAAUCCAAGCUCAGAAAAAUCCAGCUGUCGAAGCAAGGAGGCAUGUUCGGCGCCCGUGGAAGACUUGGCCGAGGCCGAGGCCGAGGCGGCGCUGUUGCUGGAGGCACCACCCAUAGUGACAUGCCAAAGCCCAGCGACAAUCCCAUCGACCUGGUUCGUGGCGAAAUCGCCAUCCUCAAAAAGCUGAACCACCAAAAUGUCGUCAAGCUGUACGAGGUCCUGGACGACCCCACGCAGGACUCUUUAUACAUGGUUUUCGAGCUCUGCAGCAAGGGUGCUGUGAUGGAUGUUGGGCUAGACAAUGAUUCCGAGCCUUUGAGCGAGUCAGAAGCCCGCCGAUACUUCCAAGGCAUGCUCCUCGGAAUCGAAUAUUUGCACGAACAUGACAUUGCCCAUCGUGAUAUCCAGCCCGACAACCUUCUCGUAUCCGCCGACGGCACCCUCAAAAUCGUUGACUUUGGAGUGUCGGAAAUUUUCACCAAAACCAGCGACAAGCUUAAAAAGUCUGCGGGCUCGCCAGCCUUUUUUGCACCCGAAAUGUGCGUUGCCCAGCACGGAGAGCUUUCGGCCAAGGCUGCCGAUAUCUGGGCAAUGGGGGUUACGUUGUAUUGCCUCGUUUUUGGCCGCCUCCCGUUCCGAGGAAAGUCUAUUAUUGAUCUAUACGAGAGUAUCAAGAACGAUGAACCCCCAAUUCCCGAUACUGCUGAUGCAGCCUUGGCUGACUUGCUUCGGAAGAUAUUGGACAAGGAUCCCCAGAGGCGAGCCUCCCUCGACGACAUUAGGACUCACAUAUGGGUCAACGAUCAUGGAAAGUCGCCCAUCAAGUCUAAAGAACAAAACUGUGUCGGUCUUGUUGAGGAGAUCACCAAGGAGGAGUAUGAUGCUGCCGUCAAGAAUGUGGCCACCUUGUUUACAGUGCUCAAGGCCGCAAGCGUAUGGAAGAGCAAAGCCCGGACGGGCUCCAGCGGGAACCUGCAUACUCCCGAUGAUCAUUGAGAAAGCUUGCCACACCAACCGUUUUCCAUGCACGUUCUUUGUUGGCGGUCAGUUUUCAUGGCCAGUCGGCGUACGACUUGUACACCACAAAAUGAGAAACCGGCCGAUUGUUGCAUAUUUUGCGCGAUUUGAGUGGCUCAUCGAUCGGAGAACAAUUGGUUUAUCAUCCACUGCCACUACUGCCGUCAGCGUGUCUUCUCCAAAGUGUGCACACGACUCCAUUGUCGAACCCUAUUGCAGCAAUUGACCCGCACACAGCGACCAUGUUCUCGGUUGUGCGAGCGUUGCUAUGGAUCAUCCUGUUGCUGGAGCGUAUCGGUGUGUGCAUCAAACAGUCACUUUCUGGCAACAGCAGCUCAAGUCUGCUGGUCCGUAGGCUCCAGUGGGCAAGCCAUGCGAUUGUUUCCCGUCCUGGUUGGCAAUCUCUUUGUUUUCGUUGGUUUGGGAAGCAUGGUCUUGAAUACACUUGGUCGAUCCCCUG